AUGUCCGAUCAAGGCCCCGGCAAUUCCAAGUCUCAGUCUAACUUUUCUUCUACCGCGACAGAGGAACAACUUGCGCGCAUCCGUGCGCGUGGAGACCCCUUCGUCGCCCAGGACGACAAUGAGCCUUUAUCUUCGCCGCCUCUUGAUUUGGAUGACCGGCCAUCUGAGCUGGAUAGCUCUGCCUUGCAAGGGCCUCAGCAAGGAGGUGGUCUUUUUGAUCAAUUUCCCAACCCUGAACCGGACAUGUUCAGCUUAUUGGGCCUUGCUGACCCGACCCAAGCUUCCAGCAGUCUUGCUGACCCGAUCCAAGCUUCCAGCAGUCUUGCUGACCCGAUCCAAGCUUCCAGCAGUCUUGCUGACCCGAUCCAGGCUUCCAGCAGUCUUGCUGACCCGAUCCAGGCUUCCAGCAGUCUUGCUGACCCGACCCAAGCUUCCAGCAGUCUUGCUGUAGACCCUUCGGACAGGGAACCCAUCCCGACCACUGGCCAUAACGCCCGUCAGCGUGGAGGUAGAUGGCUCCUCGGGAUUUUGAACCCGUCGCAGGCGGCAAGCAAUGAACAGAGCCAGGGAUCAGGCCCGGCUCUCAACACUUCUGCUCAACAACCCACGCCUCAGUCCACUUCUAAAACCCCUCAUGGACUCCCAGCUACCUCUGGAACGGCGGCCACUCCUGCAACCCAAGGACCAGCGCAACCCUUGUCUAAGGAAAAUCGCGGACAGAAGAAAGUUCCAGAUUUUUGGGAAGUAUACUUGCAGCGCGCACCCGGUACUGGAGCUAUUACCGGCGUGCUUAGUGAGGCAGCAAUGGAGCUGGCAUUCUCACUGCCGACCCCAUCCAACACCGGUGUGGAUAGUGACCAAGAGAUGGAAUAUGCGCCUGCCCUGAGCCCCACAGUUCCUACAAUCACUAUUGUGGAGGCCCAGGAUGACUCGGAUCAAGUACUAGAUGAUAGGGAAAUUGAGGAGGUGGAGAAUCUUCUACGUGGUCGCGUCGAUAACACACUUAGCUCAAGGACUCCUAUCCAGCCACUACCAAACCCCGAUGCGAACAUAGAUCCUCUUCUAGCAACCUUAUUUCCUGAACAUCUCCGCCCCAGCACGUCCGCUCCUCAAGGACCGGGAUUAGAGUUGAACGAGUCAGACGAGUCUCAUGACUCCCUUUUCGAUGGACCUGAUGAUGAUGACACCAGUCCUAUGGCUGAUCGUGAUCCAGCUGAGCAAACCCCUGAUAUUCCUCUUCAAGGAGGGACCAGCUCUAGACCAUCUACGUCCGACGGGAAUAACUCCCUCUUUAACGGAACCGAUGACGAACCGGCGGCCGGUUCUGCAUCUGGCCGUGAUCCUGCUAAUCAAUCCCCUGAUAUUCCUAUUCAAGGAGGAACCAGUUCUAGAGAAUCUACGUCCGACGGGAAUAAUUCCCUCUUUAAUGGACCCGAUGAGGAACCGGAGGCCGGUCCUACAACUGGCCGUGAUCCUGCUAAUCAAUCCCCUGAUAUUCUUAUUCCAGGAGGAACCGGCUCAGGAGCAUCUUCGUCCGACGGGAAGAACUCCCUCUUUGACGGAUCCGAUGACGAACCCGCGGUCGCUGAUCCAUCAUCAGUGUCAACUGCUUCCGGGGCAUUGUCCAGAGACAACCCACCCCCACCCCCCGCUCCACGCGGUCCACCGCUCCCUCACACCACGCGUGAUGGUCUUCGAUUGCCUGGUCCUGGUAAACCUGGUGCCUCAACUGUCCCCGCAGCAGCCCCUCUUCCCUCCACCACCCGUCCAAGACGUGGUGUUUCGCCUCUGCCCGGUGCCCCUUCUCAGAACCCGCGCACUGCUUCUGCUCUUCCUAGCACCACGCGCGCUGCUCCGCAGCCUUACACUACCAGAGAUGGUCUUAUGCUACCUGGUCCUGGCAGACGUGGUGUUUCACCUCUCCCCGUUGCCCCUUCUCAGAACACGCGCACUGCUUCUGCUCUUCCUAACACCACACGCGCUGCCCCGCAGCCUUUCACUACCAGUGAUGGUCUUAUGCUACCUGGUCCUGGCAGACGUGGUGUUUCACCUCUCCCCGUUGCCCCUUCUCAGAACACGCGCACUGCUUCUGCUCUUCCUAACACCACACGCGCUGCCCCGCAGCCUUUCACUACCAGUGAUGGUCUUAUGCUACCUGGUCCUGGCAGACGUGGUGUUUCACCACUCCCCGCAGCUGUCCCUCCCACCACCCAAAGGACCACCAGAAGAACAGUUACUCCUCAACCCCCAGCUACCACCAGCCAGAGAGUCACUGAGCACCAGCCUCAAAGUUCUCAACUCGCAUCCAACACUACCAUCCCCCAGCCCCCUGCUCAGUCAACAUCAACCCAACCAGCACAAUCUCAACAAGGGCCUUCCCAGGGCCAGAGGGUUACAAAGGGCCCUAGGGGGCCCUGCCCAAUAUGUGGCAAAGAUUUAGCUAUCUCCAGCCACAGGUCCCACCUGGCCUCCGUGCAUGGUCUAAAAGAAAAACAAUCAUGCAAAUUCUGUGGCAUCAUACUCCGCCACGCUGGUGAUCUCCCACGUCACGUCAGGAGCAAACAUCCUGAAAUUGCCGCCCGCAUGGCUGCCGGGGAGAAACUACGAGACCUUGAGCCAUCGGCAGUCCAUACCAAUCAGACUAAUCAGCCCACUACCAAUCAGUCUGCCGGCCAGGGUAGCAGUGCCACUACUGAUGUUGCAGUUUCCAGCCUUUCUCUUGAUAUUCCAGUUGAUCCCAGGCUCUCUCAUGAUAAUCCAGUUCCCAGCCUCUCUCUUGAUAUUCCAGUUCCCAGCCUCUCUCUUGAUAUUCCAGUUCCCAGCCUCUCUCUUGAUAUCCCAGUUCCCAGCCUCGUUGUUCCAGGUGGGCCAGCUACCCGAAGGCGCUCUCCACGAACAACUCCAGCGCCUGAGCCGAUCCCCGGCCCUUCAAGUCUUGCGCCUGUUGCCAGCACCUCCAAUGCGCCUCCUGCUAAACGAGCGCGCACCCGGGCCCAGACGCAAGCCGAUGACGACAAUGAUCCAGUGAACAGCAAAACUAAGAAGGGUAAAGGCCCUGCAGUCGAGGUCUCCACCACAGAGGACGGCUCAAGUGUCGUAACUCUCCGCCCGAAAGUGACCAGGAAACGCAAUCCUGAAGGCACGACCAAGCCCCGAGCUGGCGCCCGACAGGUGCAAUGUCCGGAUUGUGAAGAAUGGGGCACGUUUAAAAACAGGAAUCGCCAUGCCGCCAAUUGUGCGCCUCGGCUACUCAGAAUAGCUGCCGAAACUCCUGCAACUCAACCUCUGCCACAGAAAAAGAAGGUCACCUGCCAGAUCUGCAAAAAGCAGUUAGCCGGCGAUCUUCCUCGUCACAUGAGAUCCGUACAUCCCCAGCAUCCAAGUGUGCGCUGGGAGGAGGAGGAGAAGGACGACGACGACGAGGUUGAUGACCCUCAACAGGGCAGCUCUAACCCCAAGAGGAAGAAAAAGUGA